UCUACUAGUCCUGUCUUCAUUGGAGGGAAGUGACUGGCCAGACCUGGGCUGUCUUGCUGGCUGCCUUCCUUGCUGGGCUCCAACUUAUCUCCUAUGUACACAGCUCUUGGAGUUCAGAGGCCCCUGCUGACCUCUGCCCAACCUCUCCUCUGCACCCAAGCCCCCAAUGGUACAUACAGGAGCAGAGGCAGGCAAGGACUAGGAGACAAGAGAGAGGCUGGAGACAGGCUGCAAAAGGGCUCAGAACCCCAGCACACCUCCCUGUCCCAAAUCUGUCCACCACCUGCUGUGGCCACAGCAAAAGAAGAGAGAGCUAAUAAGACAGAAAGUAAGGCCCGGUACCUUGUGGACAGUGGUGUCAUUAGCUGCAACGCCUAAGAUGUCUCAAGAGAUGGGAGAGCUCACCCAAACCAGAUUGCAGAAGAUCUGGAUUCCACACAACAACGGCAACAGCAGGCUGCAACGGAGGAGGGGCUCAUCCAUACCACAGUUUACAAAUUCCCCCACGAUGGUGAUCAUGGUGGGUUUACCAGCUCGAGGAAAGACCUACAUCUCAACAAAGCUCACGCGCUAUCUCAACUGGAUAGGAACACCAACUAAAGUGUUUAAUUUAGGCCAAUAUCGACGAGAGGCAGUGAGCUACAAGAACUACGAAUUCUUUCUUCCCGACAACAUGGAGGCACUACUUAUCAGGAAGCAGUGUGCCCUAGCAGCCCUGAAAGAUGUUCAUAGCUAUCUCAGCCAUGAGGAAGGUCGUGUUGCAGUUUUUGAUGCCACCAACACUACCAGAGAACGACGGUCACUGAUUCUGCAGUUUGCUAAAGAACAUGGUUACAAGGUCUUUUUCAUUGAGUCCAUUUGUAAUGACCCUGACGUCAUUGCAGAAAACAUCAGGCAAGUGAAACUUGGCAGUCCUGAUUAUAUAGACUGUGAUCGUGAAAAGGUUCUGGAAGAUUUUCUAAAGAGAAUAGAGUGCUAUGAGGUCAACUACCAACCUUUGGAUGAUGAACUGGAUAGCCACCUGUCCUACAUCAAGAUCUUCGAUGUGGGCACACGCUACAUGGUGAAUCGUGUGCAGGACCAUAUUCAGAGCCGCACAGUCUACUAUCUCAUGAACAUUCACGUCACACCCCGCUCCAUCUACCUGUGCCGGCAUGGUGAGAGUGAACUCAACCUCAGAGGCCGUAUUGGAGGUGACUCUGGACUCUCAGCUCGGGGCAAGCAGUAUGCCUAUGCCCUGGCCAAUUUCAUUCAGUCCCAGGGUAUCAGCUCCCUGAAGGUGUGGACCAGCCACAUGAAGAGGACCAUCCAGACAGCUGAAGCCUUAGGCGUUCCCUAUGAGCAAUGGAAGGCCCUGAAUGAGAUUGAUGCGGGUGUCUGUGAGGAGAUGACCUAUGAAGAAAUCCAAGAACACUACCCUGAAGAAUUUGCACUGCGAGACCAAGAUAAAUACCGCUACCGCUAUCCCAAGGGAGAGUCUUAUGAAGAUCUGGUCCAGCGUCUGGAGCCAGUUAUAAUGGAGCUAGAGCGGCAGGAAAAUGUAUUGGUGAUCUGCCACCAGGCUGUCAUGCGGUGCCUCCUGGCCUACUUUCUGGACAAGAGCUCAGAUGAGUUGCCUUAUCUCAAGUGCCCUCUGCACACAGUGCUCAAACUUACACCUGUGGCUUAUGGCUGCAAGGUGGAGUCCAUCUACCUGAAUGUGGAGGCUGUAAACACACAUCGGGAGAAGCCUGAGAAUGUGGACAUCAGCCGGGAACCCGAAGAAGCCCUGGACACUGUUCCUGCCCACUACUGAGCCCUUUCUAAGACAUCAAACUGCCUCUCUCCUUUCUUGGGUUCACCUUUAGGAGCUAUUAUUGAUCUUUUCUUACAAUGAGAACACUCUGAACUUUGCCUCACUGGAAGAGACCCACCUCCAGUAAAGAAACCUUCAUCAGCUCCAAAAUAGGCCUUGAUUUCUAGCUAUAAACAAGGAGCUGUCUAGCUCAAGAUGGAACUUGUUCCUUUUUAAUUCCUAUUCCCUGAUCAAUAAAGACUUCCCUUACUGCUUA